AUGCUCUCGACUCUCCUUCUUCUUUCCCUUUUGGCGACAGCCCGUACAGCUCCACAGACGGGACCGAUCGAGCAAAUUGACUGUCAACGCGAUUCGGUGAAAUCCUGCAGCUGUAAAAGUGGCGCCGCUCUGACGCCACUACGCCGUUCGUGGAAUGGAGAUCUCCAAGACCACUUCUACACACCAAGUCGCGAUGAGCAGCUCAAUUAUGUGGGACUCGGAUACAAAGUGGAGAGCGACAUGGGAUUCAUCGCUACGGCAACACCGGGCGAUUGCGCCGGGAUCGUGCCCAUCUAUCGAAUGUCUCACGUAGAAAGCCAUGAUCACUUCUACACGACAUCCUAUAUCGAGAUGCUGAACUACCUCAGGAGCUACUACAUUGAAUCAACCGCAAUCGGUUAUUGUAUGUCUGGACCAGGGUGCGGUUUGAUUCCACUGCAUCGACUGACGAAUUGGACUAUCGUAGAUCAUUUGUACACGAUCGAUGACGCGGAGAAGGACAGAGCGAUGCAGGGGCAAUAUGACUAUAAUGGAAUUCAGUGCUACGUCUGGUCGUCGCUCGAUGCGACCGACUGU